GCGCGCAUCGGUCGCAUCGUCGCCGUGACGUCGUGCAAGGGCGGCGUCGGCAAGAGCACGGUCUCCUUCGAGCUCGCGAAGCGCCUCGCGGCGCGGGGCCUCCGCGUGGGCGUCUUCGACGCGGACGUCUACGGGCCGUCGCUGCCGACGCAGGUGCCCGACGACGUCUCGGCGCGCGGCGUCGCCGCGUCGGCCGACGGCUGGACCAUGGAGCCCGCGGCGCACGACUCGCUCGCGCUCAUGUCCUUCGGCUGGCUCGGGCGGCUGAUGGGCGAGAGCGACGACGGCGAGGUCAUCGACCCGCGCGGCGCGGGCACCGCGGGCGAGCUCAGCGUGCAGCUGCUGCACACGACGGCCUGGGGCGAUCUGGACUACCUCGUCGUCGACACGCCGCCGGGCACGGGCGAGAUCCCGCGCGCGCUCGCGGCGCGCGCGCGAUUCUCGGGCGCGGUCGUCGUGACGACGCCGUCGCCGCUGGCCAUCGCGGACGUCGUCCGCGGCGUUGCGAUGCUCGCGAAAUUCGACGUGCCCAUACUCGGCGUCGUCGAGAACAUGGCAACCUUCACCUCCGACUGCGGCAAGGUCUACCACCCCUUCGGCCGGGGC